AUGACGGCCAUAUCCAACCAUUGCCAUGAGCCGCCACUCGCCCCCGGCGCCAAAGAUGCACCCUUGUCCACGGAUUUGUCCCCUGGCCGUUGCUUACCUGCACCAAAAGUCCUUGCCAUCGCUCGCAAGGCAAUGCGAGAUGCUCUCCUGAGCGAAGGGUUGGCUGGGCAACUUGGCGAUGAAGUCGUCGGUUUGCAGUCCGGCGUCACAAUAGACCUGAGCCGCAGUGCCAUACCAGAGCUGCCAGAGGAGCUUGUGGACAUAUUCAAGGAUAAGCUAGAAAGGGCAAACAAGAUUAGGGAGUUUCCAUUGUCCUUAUGCCACUUGAAGCGCCUCGAGAUUCUUGAUCUUGGUCAGAACCAACUCCGUGUGCUGCCUCCAGAGGUUGAGAAUUUAUCGUCACUCAAGGUUCUUUCCAUCCCGAAGAACCAAAUCCGGGAGUUGCCAUUAUGCCUAGCCAAUAUGGCGUCUUUGCAGGUCCUUAAAAUUGAAGGCAACCCAAUCAUCUUUCCGCCACAAGAUCUCAUCUCUACACUCGCCACCACCUCCCUUCAAGAAGAUAGCUCCGUCGGCAGUGACACGACAGAGGUUGCUAUGACGGCACGCAUCAAAUCGAUCCUAAAGCAGGAGGCUAUUAAUAGCCGCGUGGAGCCAGACUUCUCGAACGACUCCAGUCGCUCCACUGCCCCGGUUGACGAGACUCCGCGCCCAAGACGGAAACGAGCUUCCCAUCCCUAUAGAAGCGCCCGAAGGACAGGAGUUGUGCCUUCAGCGACAGGCAAUGCUGAAGAACGCCUCAGGAGUAAAUCGGAAACCCUAUCGUGCUUAGGCCAACAGGAUAGAUGGAACCGAUACGCAGAACUCAAAGAGACCGGAGCAUGUAAUCUUUACAACCGAGAACCGAGCUACGACUGUACCUCGCAGGGAGCUAGGACUGGGCACAAGAGCGCUACUACGUCCUCGGACUCAAUUCUCCAGCAAUCCAUCUACGCCAGACGACUCUCUGUGAUACCCAAGCGGCGUCGGAUAUCGAAAUGCUUCAACCCAAUCAUUGCAUUUGCCAGGGGAAUGCUAUACGCCGUUCUCCAAAUCCACCCCAUGAUCCAGCAGCUGGCCAUCUUGGCUCGCGGCGAACUCGAUAAUCAGCCCAGCCUGCAAAUAGUCAUUUAUAGUACAAAUUGCCACAUAGAAGUGUUGGAGCUAGAGAUACAAAAGUACGACACAACAGCUCUGGAAACCUCGGACCAUUCAACCCAGACGAAUAUUGUCCUCCGCGCGUGUCAGACACUCAUGGGAGCGUACCGGCAUAUAUGCACCCUGCUUGCGGAUAGCGCAGAUGCACCCGUCGACAACGGACACGCACGAUAUGUUCGAACACUAUUGACAUUACUCUACAAUUGCAUUAUGGAGCUCCGCGCCACCACUCUAUCCGUCGGAACCGAGUGCGCGGGCUGUGCUUCUGAACACGCCGCCCAUCGCCAAGAUGACUCCGGUGCCGGUGCCGACGCCACGGACAAGCCUGCCGCACCGCGGAGCCGAAACGAGGACGUGAUGCCAAAAUCCAGCCAUCCUCCAUCCAGCCGGGGGCCAACCCCGACGUCGCCGCGUCCCGAGCCAGGGCACUUGCAACCUCCCGACCUGACCCUCGCCAUGUCCGACCCGGACGGGCUAUUCGAAAAGAUACUCGUGUGCCUACAAAACUCGGCCACCGUGAUGCUGCGCAUCCUGCCCGCCUUUGGAGGCCACCUGACGCAUGGGCUUCGCAACGCCGUGCGCAGGCGCGCGCCCACGUCGCACAUCCAGCACUGGAGGUGCCUCACAAAGGAGUGCGCCAACGCCAUCCAGCACACGCAGACGGUCAAGCGCGAGAUCUGCCGCGUCAAGCUGGGCGGGCGGGCGGACCGGCCGACCGCCGAGUUCUGGGACCUGGUCAUCGGCUUCAUCGCGUCGUGGACGGCGCUGCUGGCGGAGAUUAUGGCGUGCAUCAACAAGAUCCUCUUGCCGCCGGACACGAGGGCGCGCCUGAGGCCGAUCCAGGAGAGCAUGAAGGAGACGAGCCAUGCGGUCGUGCGAUCGCCGUGGUGCGAUGUGCUUUCGGCGGGGGGGUUGAAGGCGACUGCUCUGCCGGGUCGAGCUGCGUCGGCGCCUCGAGGUUCUGCAGAGCUGGCUGGACGAGCGGCGGGUGAAGGGGCUUUUGUGGCCGUGGCCGUUCGGGGGAAUGGGUUUGAUCGUGGAGAUGGGCCUGGACAUGGUACUGCUGGUGUAUCAUUGUCGCGGGGGGAUGCGGUGAGACAGUUGAGUUUUGCUUCGCGGCCGUGUGUCUCUGCGGCUUUGGAGACGACUGCUUUCAAGAGUGGCUGA